CUGGGUGAUAUUUGUGGUAAACAAAGUGUUACAUCGAGUGUUCGGAUUGCGAUUGAGAGUGAAGGAGGAGGCGAGCACAAGGCUCGCAUUAUCGCUCAGCUCACCACUCAAAUGGCCAAUCAACCAACCACUUUAAAAAGUGAACUGUCGUGGUCCGCGAACGAAUGGAUUCAAGUUGCAAUUGCUUACAGUGGUCACGAAUUCUUUCUCUACAUUAACGGAGCGCGCGUUGCUAAAUCCAGAAAACAAGUACAAAUGUUGAAUAAUUGUUGA